AUGACCAUUCCCGCCGAAGGCCUCGGCGAGGUUUGCGCCACCGGUCGCCGCGGCAGUGAAGGCUGGCUUGAUCUGUUUGACGGCGACAAGAAGAUAUGCGAACUACACUGGGAUAACCGUGCCGAGCGGCGCUGGAAUGACUUUGAAGUGCUGGAGCCGGAUGAGGGCUAUCGAGUUGAGUGUUCGGGGUGGAGUAGCGAGAGGGGUCCGCUUGGCCAUGUCUUUGUGGAUGUGAGUGAAGCACGGAAGGAGGAAUUGCGCAGGGAGAAGGAGCUUGGCGGGCUGAGGGUCUUUGAGGGCCCUGGGGUCGGCGAGAAGAGUGUGGACGUGGAUGUGGCGGAGGAGGUUCCUGUGUUGGGGGGGUUGGGGGGGAUCGGUGGGAAUAUCACGAUGGGUGGUUUUAUAUCAUAG